AUGGAGCUGGCCGGCGAUGUGGUCUUGGGAACCACAAGCAAGAGCGGUACGGCCAUGCUUUUAGCACAUGGCGAGCGAUUGACGCUUGUCUACGGAAAAUCAAGUGACGAUAAGCCUGUGAAAAUCAUCGGCGGCUAUUCCAGCGACACCGGACGCGACGCCCCGUUCGACGGCGAUGCACACGCCACCCGAGACAUUCGACAUAUCCGGCAACCGGCUAUUGUCUCUAUGCCGACAAAACUCACAGCCCAGUCCGCCGAUGAUACAUACAUGUCGUCCGCGCCGCUCCACGACGUGGUGUCGGUGGAGGUUUUCCACGUACCGGCCAGAGGUAUUUCUCGCGGCCUGCUUCUUCGGUACGCGAACGGCAGUGUGCGUGGCCUUGGCGAGUGCCGUGUCUCCCACGAUGAAAGCUUCGUCGUGGUCGAUCCUGUCGCCAUCUGCCACCGAUCACUGCAAUACCGGGCAUUCGAACGGGAGGCGAGGUUCGAUGCGAUCGUUGAUUCUGUCGUGCGCAGAUUAGAGAUGAAGCUUGAGGGGGUCGCUGUGUCUGUAGCACGUACGACGCAGCACUCUCACGACGAAGACGGAUGGACAUGUCACAACAUUGGCCAAGGUGUUUUGCACUUUCAUUACACGGAAAAGCACGAGUAUGCAAUUGCAUACGAGGCAGAAGAUCGAUUUCGACACGCCUUGUAA